UGUCUUCAUUCCCCACUUUGCUCCUCACUCCAUCACUCAACUCUUCAACAUUAUCCUAUCCUUCAAUCUUACUCUUAUUUUACAAAUUAAAAAAUCCCCGAGAAUUUUUUCUUUUUUGUCUCUACUACUCUUACAACCAACCGCUCUCACAAGCAAACACUCUUUAAACGUGAAACUCCCCUCCUUAAAUCAUCCUCGCACUUCACUUCUCACUACACAUCAUCAUGGUCGAAGCCAACAGCACCAGAGCGACGUCGAAGAAGAUCAAAGAGUCAACGACCAGUAGACUCGAAGACAUAGCCAUCACGAAGGCGUUGGUCCCGUCUGACUCACGCACAGAACCAGAGAAAUCGACCAGUGGUGCAGAGAAACCCAGCAAUGACGGUAACAUACCAGUUCAAGCCCAUGAUGGCAACGCGAGAGCCUUAAACGGCAGUCAAACCCAUGACGUCAACGGGAGAGCCUUAAAUGGCAGUGUCAGCUACAACGACACUGCAAACAACGGGACCGUAUAUUCCCUCAUUGAAGAUAUCAGCGAAUCGCGCAGAGACCGAGCCCCUGCGGCAAUGAACAUACCCACGUCCUUGAAUGUAGACACCAGCGAUGUACGCAGAGAACAAGCCCUUGCGGCAACGUACGCUCCGUCGGUCGGUUUACCUAGAAACCACCGAGUUGAUUUAACGAUAGACGAACCCGUUGUAGAUAGAUCUCCGGCGAUUGUUUCAUCCUCCUUAAUGAGUGAACGUCAAGAAAUGUGGAAUCGAGCUACGGCCGCCCAAGACGCCGGAGAUCCUGCCCUAGCUGAGAUGCUGUUCAAAGCUAUCGGCUCUCUCAAAGCAAGUCAACCAGCCACGGUCAUUGCGCCACGCGCAGAAGCCUCAGUUGACGCGUUCGCAAUCCCGAGCUUCUACGGGCAGACAGGCGUCACCUACACGCCAGCACAUCCACAGACCGUCGCAGCCAAGGCUCCGGUAGAGCCUGCCACAUCAAAGAAAUUCUUCCUAACCGAAGGCGAUCUAGUCUACGCAAUCGGAUCAGUCACGAACCACAAUAGCGUUGGGUUCGCUCCGUUCCUAGAUGAAAACAUCCGAAAGUUACGGUCACCCCUACCCCUUACAAUUUUCAAUCGCAAGUGGCAACAACGCGCAAUGGCGCACCAUUUAGAUCGCCGCCAGAAGUCCGACGAAUCUUCGAAUGAUAGAGACAAAUCUGGUGGGUACAAAGGUUUUGCCUUUGUCCAAGAAUGGACUCAAACCUACGCGCAAUGGACCCGCAAUCAUCGGGCGUUCCGCAAGACCUUGAAUGACGUGUACAAGAUUAUUGAGUUCUCCAAGCUACUCGGUACUCAUAAGAAUAAUUGCAACGACAUCACAGAAGAAUUCGGUUUCAUGGUCGCAUUCAGAUACGAUAUGGAAGUCCGCAACAAUACUUUCUCGCACCGCAUAACAGAUGAAGAUGUCAAGAACGCGAUACCCGACAUCUCACAACGGAAAGAGUCAGUCGUCGAACAAUGCUACAAUCAGUGCAGAAAUUUUGGAGAGUUAGAGUGGGAAGAAAACCUAUACGCCCCCGGCCUCUCCCACUCAAACCACGACCCGCUUACCGGCUGCUUGAAACAAAGACAAGGUCAAUUUUUCAACAACAACCAAAUGAUCCACAACCCGUAUAUGCAACAGCAACAGCAGUACGGGGGCGGCAAUUUUCAAAAUCAUAACAACAACAAUAGCAACAAUAAUUACCCCAAUCAUCAACAUCGGAAUUAUAACACGGGGGGGAAUGGACCUUUCUAUCACCAAAGCUAUGGUCAGAGCAACUUUGGUGGACCCGAAGGGAAGAAACGACCGAGAGGCGGAUACCGCGGUUCAAAUUACUCCGACAACCCUCAGGGCAAAGCAGAGGGCAGUAAGGGAGGGAAGAAAGGAAAUAAUCAGAGGUAGGUGACGUUACGUACUCGGUGCAUUAGUAGCCACCCCUGAGACUGUAUAACGAACACUUGCGGUCUCUUUCCUUAAUGACUCGUAUUGUGUAUCGCAUUAUAUACAAUGUCUUGCCCUAUGUCUGGUUUUAUUGAUUCUUGUUUCUCUCUUUCGUUUAUCUGCAAACAUCUGUCUGUUUCUCUGUUGGUUUCUCCUUCUUUGCGCAAUUCAAUCACGCCAAUUCUGUACUCUAGACAUUCUUUUGGAUGGCCUACUCGCGUCUCUUGUGAGAUGAAUUUGGAUUUGUGGAAAAAAGCACUAACAAGCGCAAACCUGUUGGGAGAGUACAG